AUGGUUAGUCAAGGAAUUGUGUUAGGGCAUGUAAUUUCAUCUAAGGGGAUAGAAGUUGAUAAGGCUAAAGUGGAUUUGAUUGUGAACUUACCUUACCCUACAAAUGCUAAAGUGGAUUUGAUUGUGAACUUACCUUACCCUACAAAUGUUAAAGUGGAUUUGAUUGUGAACUUACCUUACCCUACAAAUGUUAGGGAAGUUCGUUCUGUGAACUUACCUUACCCUACAAAUGUUAGGGAAGUUCGUUCUUUUCUUGGACAUGCAGGAUUUUAUCGCAGGUUUAUUAAGGAUUUCUCAAGGAUUGCUGUCCCUUUGUCUAAGCUGUUGCAAAAGGAGGUUACUUUUGAGUUUGGAAAGGAAUGUCAAGAAGCUUUUGACAAGCUUAAGGCAUUGCUAACAAGUGCACCUAUUAUUCAACCUCCAAACUGGGAACUACCCUUUGAGAUUAUGUGCGAUGCCAGCAACUAUGCAGUUGGAGCUGUUUUGGGCCAGAAAGUUGGGAAGCAAAGCCAUGUCAUAUACUAUGCUUCAAGAACAUUGAAUGUUGCACAGUGCAGUUACUCCACAACUGAGAAAGAACUUUUAGCUAUUAUUUUUGCUUUAGAUAAAUUUAGAUCUUAUUUGCUUGGUUCUAAAGUCAUAGUUUUUUCUGACCAUGCAGCAUUGAAAUAUCUUUUGGGGAAAAAAGAAUCUAAGCCUAGGCUAAUAAGAUGGAUUUUAUUACUUCAAGAGUUUGAUUUGACAAUAAAGGAUCGAAAGGGAGCUGAAAAUCCAGUGGCGGAUCAUCUAAGUAGGUUGGUGAGAGAUGAAGAUACACUUCCUAUUUCUGAAAAUUUUCCUGAUGAGCAAUUGUUCCAGAUGUCAUGUAUGGUUCCUUGGUAUAAUGAUCUUGUUAAUUACUUAGUCAUUGGAGCUUUACCUGAUUACCUUAAAAUAUUUGAUGUGUGGGGCAUUGAUUUCAUGGGACCUUUUCCAUCUUCUUGUGGCUUUCAUUAUAUUCUAUUAGCUGUUGAUUAUGUCUCGAAAUGGGUGGAAGCAAAAGCCACCAAAACUGAUGAUUCUUCAGUGGUUGCAGGUUUUAUGAAAUCUAACAUCUUUAACGGAUUUGGAGUUCCGCGUGCUGUUAUAAGUGAUCAAGGGAGUCAUUUUUGCAAUCGAGUAAUUGAAGCAUUGUUCAAGAAGUAUGGUGUGCAUCACAGAAUAGCUACAGUGUAUCAUCCCCAAACCAAUGGGCAAGCUGAAGUGUCCAAUAGGGAGGUAAAGUCUAUUUUGGAAAAAACUGUGAACACAGGUAGGAAAGAUUGGAGCUUACGGUUAGAUGAUGCUCUAUGGGCCUAUCGGACAGCUUACAAAACUCCGAUUGGGAUGUCUCCUUGUCGGUUGGUUUUUGGAAAAGCUUGUCAUCUGCCCGUAGAAAUUGCACAUAAAGCCUACUGGGCAGUACAACGUUGUAAUAUGGAGAUGAAGAAGGCUGGUGAAGAGAGGAGAUUGCAGUUGCAGGAAUUGGAGGAGUUGAGGUUAGAUGCUUAUGAAAAUUCCAGGUUAUACAAAGAGAAAAUCAAGAUGUUCCAUGACAACAUGAUUUUGAGAAAAAGCUUUGAGGUAGGACAAAAAGUUUUAUUAUACAAUUCUCGUUUGAAGCUUAUGCCUGGUAAGUUACGUACUCGUUGGAUUGGACCUUUUGUUGUUUCUGACGUUUUUCCUUAUGGUGCAAUAGAGAUUAAAAGCAUUGAUACAGGAAAAGUUUUUAAGGUUAACGGUUACAGGUUAAAGCCCUUUCAUGAGGGAAUGACGAUUUUUGGUUUGGAAGAUGUUGAUUUAGCCCUCUCGGAGUAUUUGUGA